GCCGGCUCCUCCGGGGGCUAGAGCGGCGGAGCCACAAGUGGCGGCGGGAGGGGCGAGCCGGAAGUGACGUGAGCGCGCAGUGGGCGGGGCCUCGGGUCUCCUUCCGGGGAUCUGCGGCCGGCAUGGAAGCAAAGACCCCGGGAAGUGCAACGCCCAGAAAGCCUGUCUUAUCUGUCAGCGCGAGAAAAAUUAAGGACAAUGCCGCUGAUUGGCAUAAUUUAAUCCUGAAAUGGGAAACCCUCAAUGACGCAGGCUUUGCUAUUGCAAAUAAUAUCGCCAACACGAAGAUCAAUUUAUUGAGCAGAGACGAGGCCGAGCUCGGGAGUGGCGGGCCGGCCUGCGGCGGAGAUGCAGAGCGGACGCCUGCGGGGUACAGCGCGGAGCUCGAGGCGCGGUGCGAGGAGCUGCGAGCUACCUUGGACGCUUUGACGAAAAUACAGGUGAAAAUGGAAAAGCUCUCUUCAACUACCAAGGGAGUGUGUGAACUGGAAAAUUACCACUAUGGGGAGGACGGCCCACGGCCCCCGCUGUUCCACACGUGGCCUACGGCCCGCUUCUACGAGGUGGCCCGCCAGCUCCUGGCCAUGUACCGGGAGGAGCUGCUCCUGAAGCGCGCCAUCGUCGCGGGGCUGGCGCACACCACGGACCGCAACCUCACCCUGACCUACCUGUCCCUGUGGCUGCACCAGCCCUGCGUGCGCAGCGACAGCAGGCUGCUCCUGGAAAGCAUGCUGCUUGAAACAGGGCACCGAGCUCUGUGACUUCCCACCACGGUCCGCGUGCCAUCUCCAGAGCCCUGCCUUCGCCGCAGGCUCCCGCAGCCCCCACACGGACCGUCCCACAGUGGGGACCCACGCCCGCACCCCGGCGCCAUGCCCGGACUCUGGCACGGCCACCCGCCCACCUUCUAGGGUCUCCCGGACAGGACCCUUGCACCGCUCCCUGUGGCCUCUCCAGACACGCCCGUUAACUGCUGCGCGCCAUCUGCCACUCGGCGCCAUCCGUCCCUGUGGCGAGCCUGUCGGCCACGAGGACCUGGGCGUGAAAUAAAUGAGCUCCUUCCUCCAGAGCAAUGGAGUGGUCCUGUCUUUGUAAGCCAGGUGUAUUUUACAGGGCUCACAUUUGUGGACAGAGUCCCUGGUUUAGUAUUUAUACUUUAUACUUGCUGGUAUUGUUUGAACUUCUGGGGCUGUAUUAGUUUUGCAAUUACGGCUGAUGUUUAAAAUACCACAGGGUCACCUGGGCAACGAUGGCACCAUGAAAAGGAUCACCCCCUAUAAAAAAAAUGGCCCAUCGGCAACCACCCGAGUGGUGGUGCUUCCGCGUGGCUCUCCUGGCAUAAAUCCUGUGGCGUGGCAGUGGUCGCAGAGAAACACGGAGGGCGGGAGGGUCAGUUCUGCCGUGCUCCCCAGGAACAGAGGCCUGAGAAAUUUCGCGCUGUGGGAUACCGGGUGGGGCCUCGAGACACUGAAGUUCCGUUACCCUGGAAACAAGGGCCUCCCCGGGGAAGGAGAGGACGCAGGCCGCCAGUGAAAGGCUCGGUCCCCGGCGGGCUAUUCCGAGGAGAAGUCCGGCGCCCUGACUGUGCAGGCUGACCCAUCAAAAGCACUUACAGGCAACAAUUUUUAGAAUUUCUCUUGCCUCUGCCUUUGCAGUAUUUGCGGAAAUCCAACCUCAUAGAAGUUUCCCAUGGUAUGUCUUGCAGGCUGGGAACCACGUGGUUGGCGCUUGAGCCGGGACAGGUGGGCGGGGCCCCCAGAGGCACGGGUCUGUGGGCAGUUUCGUGUUUGGGGGGACACUCCGAGACAAAUGCUCUUCAGGGGAGACACAGAACAAUUUGUAGGCCUUUCUGGGACGUUUCCUGUUUCCUGAUGCCUCAUCCCCUGGACACCACAUUGGCCAUUAAUAGGAAGAAUCGAUGCUGCGAAGGACAAGCAGAACCAAAAGCGCUGAGUGAGGAACACAUUACCGGGUGGCACUCACCCAGAGACCUCGCACCGAGGGACCAGACUGACGGAAGAGAUCUCCGGGGGUUGAAUUUGCCGCAUCCCGAAGUCUGCACGAUUCUAGACAAUCUGCAAUGCAGUUUCUACCCCAAAGAAACCACGGAGUCCCGAGAGAACCACAGCAGACUCCUGACCACAGCGGCUGAGUCACAGUUCUCUCCUGUGCCCCCAGAAAUCCCGCCCAGCGGGCAGUGCAGGAGCGUGAAAGUACCAACAAAACAGAACAGGGUUGGGGGAAAGGUUUGGGGACGAAUUCAUGAAAAGUACCUUUAAUUAAAACUAAAAACAUACAUAUGUAAACAUAUAUAUGUUUAUACAUAUAAAACUCCAAGAAAUACAAAAGCAUAAAAAUAAUCACAAUGGCCCUGGCUGGUGUGGCUCAGUGGAUUGAGCA